GCUGACGCCGUCGACUACGGCACCCAGCUAACCGACGGCCGCCGGCGCUCGACGCGCGCCUCCAACAAGCCGACGAAGUUUUCUUCCCUGGACUUUGGCGACUCAGAUUUAGAUGAUUCGGACGAUGAGGAUUACGAAGAGGAGCGACCGAACAAGAGGAAGCCAUACGUGCCACGCAUCAAGGUUGCCGUUCCUAAGAACCGAGAGAAGGUUUAUGGAACCAUACCGGACGUGGCGGUAGGCACGUGGUGGCAGACCCGGCUGGAGUGCUGCGCGGACGGCGUGCACCGGCCGACCGUGGCCGGCAUACACGCCGGCCCCGACGGCGCCUACAGCAUCGCGCUCAGCGGCGGGUACGAGGACGAUGUGGACUGGGGAGAGUGUUUUACCUACACUGGCGAGGGUGGAAGAGAUCUGAAGGGAACAACUGCGCAGCCGAAGAACCUGCGCACGGCGCCGCAGUCGCGGGACCAGCAGCUGACGCGCGGCAACCUGGCGCUGAGCCGCAACGUCGAGACACGCACGCCGGUGCGCGUGAUCCGUGGCUACAAGCUGCGCAGCCCGUACGCGCCAGAGCAGGGCUACAGAUACGACGGGCUCUACUGGGUGGAGAAGUACUGGCUGUGUUCGGGACAGUCGGGCUUCCUCGUCUACAAGUACGCCAUGAAGCGCUGCGAGGACCAGGCGCCGCCCCCUUGGAAGGAUGUUUCUGGCGACGAGGCACUGCUGUCGGACGGCGCGGCGGCGACAAAGCGCUCUGCCGACGAGGACUCGGGCGCGGAGCAGGGCGACGGACCGGCGGCGGCUCGCCCGAACGGCGCGAGCCGAGCCGACGGCGACUCGGACUGAGCUGUGUGCCGACUCGGGGCUCGGCUUAGGGCGAGGGAUGCCCGCCAUCAGCAAUGUUUGCUCGAUGAUAGCGCCGGGAUAUCGUCGGUCGUCCCGGGCCUACUACGACGUUGGAAGUUCCGUCGUAUUGAUUCUGGCAGCGUCCUUUCAGGGCAUGUGUGAACCGUGCUCGCGAUACUUGCAUACACGUCAUACUCUUCAGGAACAGUCCGCGCAUUUGCACACGAUGGUGGUCGGCACCCGCCCCGCACGCGCUGAAGGACACGUCACCGUCAACUUUUACGCCUCAUGUGCGCCUGCCUUUUUGAUGCGUUUUAGGGUGUGUGACUUUUUAUGAAAACAGGCGCAGCAACAGCCUGCGUGUUGGGCCUCCCCAUGGCCCUCACUUCCGUUCAUUCACACAUUGUGGCCUUAGCCUGGCUCCGGUAUCGGGCGCGCUCUGCCCUGUGGGGCUCUGCUCGGUGGAGAGGACGUAAGCAGUACAUGAUCGAUGCUCGUGGUGGCGCGACGCCGGUGAUGCCCGCCCGUGGCCACCAGGGGUCGUAUCACCGUACCUUUGUGGCCCGCAGAAGGUGUCCUGUGUGCCAUAGUUUGCGCUAUUCAGUUCUUCUGGGGUACCUGAUUUUAUAAAUACAUGUUUCGCCAUCGA